CUAGCGCCCUGCAGCUCUCGCCAGGUCUCACCGCAGACUGUGCAGACGCAGCGCUCGUGCGCCUCCCUCUCGGGCUCGGCUGCCCGGGAUUUCCCCAGGACCUGCGCGGCGCGAGAAGGAGGCUGGGAGCAUCCGCCCAGACUGCCCGGACUGUCGGCUCGACUCGCCGCCUUUGGCCCCCAGCCGGCCUCCGCUCCUCGGGCGCUCGAGGGGCCGCGGUGGUGGCAGUGGCACCCGGCAUGUUUCAGAGCCCGCGGCGGCUUUGCUCGGCCCUGCUGCAGAGGGACGCGCCCGGCCUGCGCCGCCUGCCCGCUCCCGGGCUGCGCCGCCCGUCUUCCCCGCCGGCGGCUGCCCCUAGGCCCGCAUCCCCCCGGCUGCUGGCGGCGGCCUCGGCGGCCUCCGGCGCCGUAAGGUCGUGUUCCCGAACAGUGUGUUCCAUGGGAACCGGUACAAGCAGACUCUAUAGUGCUCUUGCCAAGACACUGAACAGCAGCGCUGCCUCCCAGCACCCAGAGUAUUUGGUGUCACCUGACCCAGAACAUCUGGAGCCCAUUGAUCCUAAAGAGCUUCUUGAGGAAUGCAGGGCUGUCCUGCACACCCGACCUCCCCGGUACCAGAGAGAUUUUGUGGAUCUGAGGACAGAUUGCUCCAGUACCCACCCACCUAUCAGGGUCAUGCAGUGGAACAUCCUCGCCCAAGCUCUUGGAGAAGGCAAAGACAACUUUGUACAAUGCCCUGUUGAAGCACUCAAGUGGGAAGAAAGGAAAUGUCUCAUCCUGGAAGAAAUCCUGGCCUACCAGCCUGAUAUAUUGUGCCUCCAAGAGGUGGACCACUAUUUUGACACCUUCCAACCACUCCUCAGUAGACUAGGCUAUCAAGGCACGUUUUUCCCCAAACCCUGGUCACCUUGUCUAGAUGUGGAACAUAACAAUGGACCAGAUGGCUGUGCCUUAUUUUUUCUCCAAAACCGAUUCAAACUAAUCAACAGUGCCAAUAUUAGGCUGACAGCCAUGACAUUGAAAACCAACCAGGUGGCCAUUGCACAGACCCUGGAGUGCAAAGAGUCAGGCCGACAGUUCUGCAUCGCUGUCACCCAUCUAAAAGCACGCACUGGCUGGGAGCAGUUUCGAUCAGCUCAAGGCUGUGACCUCCUUCAGAACCUGCAAAACAUCACCCAAGGAGCCAAGAUUCCCCUUAUUGUGUGUGGGGACUUCAACGCAGAGCCAACAGAAGAGGUCUACAAACACUUUGCAUCCUCCAGCCUCAACCUGAACAGCGCCUACAAGCUGCUGAGUGCUGACGGGCAGUCAGAACCCCCAUAUACUACCUGGAAGAUCCGGACCUCAGGGGAGUGCAGGCACACCCUGGAUUACAUCUGGUAUUCUAAACACGCUCUCAAUGUAAGGUCAGCUCUCGAUCUGCUCACUGAAGAACAGAUCGGACCCAACCGGCUACCUUCCUUCAAUUAUCCUUCAGACCACCUGUCCCUAGUGUGUGACUUCAGCUUUACUGAGGAACCUGAUGGACUUUUAUGAAUACUUAUUUUUGUCUUUCUAAUCACAAGAGUCUUAACAGGGGAUGUUUCAGGAAACAAAUAGGAUAAGACAAUGCCCGAGGAAGGAUAGAAACAUGGGAAGUUUCUGUCAUUUCAUUUUCUAUGUUUCCAGCAUGCCCUUGGAAAAGACUCCCUUUAGUUCACAGAUCUUUUCAAUUAAAACCUAUAGCGAAAAAGGUGUUUCCACUCCAAUUUUGGAUUGUAUUAUUUUCCUUAGUAUUAUAUUUUGAUCACAUAAGGGCAUUAAUUGGCUGAUUUUGGUCGGGUGCAGUGGCUGCUUAUUCCUGUAAUACCAGCACAUUGGGAGGCCAAGUUGGGAGAAUCAUUUGAACCCAGGAUUUUGAGACUAUUCUGGACAACAUGGCACGAGACCCCAUCUCUAUUUCUAAAAUAAUAAUAAAUUUGAUUAUUUUGAAGCCUUUUCAGUUUGAGGAUGCCAUAAAAACUCAGACUUGCUUGAAUCUUCCAUAAGUAACAAGUAUGUAGGCCAGUUUUUCUAAAUAGCAUUUUAAGUUAUUUGUGGGUUUUUAAAAUGUCAACAAAAUAUGCAUGAUAUUUAUUUUUUAUAUCUUCAUAUAAAAUUAAGUAAAUAAAUUAUAGCAUUAUCAACAUUUUAGAACCAUGCAAGAGAAGUUAUGCAGGAAGUAAUUUAUGAUAAUUUUCUUAAAAAGCUUUAAACUAUUUUCAUUUAGACUAACAAAAUUAGUACAAAGGAACUAUUUAGCCUGGAAGGGCUUUUGUUAUUUGUCAGAUUUCUUUGAUGCAUUCUUCUUAAAUAAUCCUUGUCCUGCCUCUAUGUUACUCCUUAGUGUGUUUCUUGAAGAGAUUCCAAUUGGUUUUCAAUUAUUUAAUCAACUAGUGUUCAUUAUUGAAUUGCUGUUAUAUAUUUAAACUUUGCCACUGGGAUGAUAUUGGUAUAUAUUUCAUAUUGGUCACUAGAUGUCAUUAUUUGUAUUGGAAUGAAUGUGCUGUUCACAAUAGGUUAUUUAGAAGCUGUAUGUGGCAGUGGCCAAGAGAGUCAGUAAGACCACUGGGCGCUUUGGCUCACGCCUGUAAUCCCAGCACUUUGGGAAGCCAAGGUGGGUAGAUCACGAGGUCAAGAAAGAGAUUGAGAGUCAGUAGGACCUUCUUUUCAGAGAUAAAGAACUUUCUAGAAAGCCUGUUAAUAGGCUAUCAUUGAAAUUUCCUAAGAUAGCCAGAAACUGUGAUUCAAAUUAUCUAGAACAAAGAAUGUAAAAAGUUAGAACCUGGGCCGGGUGCGGUGGCUCACAC